AUGGACAUCGCCACGGACGAGCUCGUCCUCCGAGCGCGCCAACAAGGCCCAAGCGUCGAGGCCAUCCUGAAGGUGAUGUCUCUUCUUGAUCCAAAAAUGCAGCAAGGUGUCCCCGAGGAGGUGUCGUUUGCUGGCGUGGGCAAGUUUCAAGCAUCGAGUGCGCCAGUAUACACCAACGAGUACCGAUACGACUCUCGUUACCCUCAAGAUAUGGACGAUUUCUUUAGAAAGCUCAGGUGUCUGGAGGCAGCUAGGCUUGUCCACACAACGCUCGACCGCGGGCGUGUCUUUUACAAGAUGAACAAGGCCCUCCGUGAUCGCAUCUGGGACAGGAUUGGCACACGUGUCGCACAGAUUGGCGAACAUGGUGGUUCUGAGGCUGAGUACGAGUAUCGCGAUGACUUGCAUGAGGUUUUCAAUACCGCCAUCUCACUAGUCGCGGCGGUCUGGCCAUUCGCGGGCAUCUGUGAUCACAACGACACGGAGCGUCUGAACAAGAUGGUCGAGAUCAAGUAUCUCUUUCUGUCUCUGGUCAAGACCUUGGCCUUUUUGGGACCAGCGGUAAAGCAAGCACGGGUGGACAUUCAGCUUUUCGCCUUGAUGAACGAUUUCCAAUGGAUGUCCAUAUUCCACCAACGCCUCCGGAAGACAAGUCAGUGCUUCGCGAAACUCUCUCAAGAAUUCCUUGAGUAUCUUCGCGACGAUGGAUACGAGACGCUCCGUUUGGUGGACCCGUACUCGUGGGCCAAGCUUGCCACCAACUACCCAGACGACGACUUCUCAGCUUUGGCUGUCAUGGAUCCAGAAGUAGACAAGGUUCAUCGUUUCAAGUACAGCAAAAUCCUCUCCGACAGCCACCGAUAUCAAGGUAUAAAUGCCUUGUACACUGGCUCUCACAUCACAGCCACGAGGCAUUUGGGAGAGUGGUUCGACAUGCUUCUCGUGCGCAUCUCUGAGUAUGAUGACCACGACGAUAAGAUGACGCUGGCGGCUGCGUACAACUACCUCGGCAUGGCGAUGAUGCGCAAGCCAACUCCCAACGUUGAGGGUGCCAAGAAGCUGUGGAUUCAAGCUUGCAAACAAAUGGAGCUGUGGGAGGCCCCUGAGGGACGGACGCCUCCUGGCUUCUCUAUCUUCCCAUAUCCCUACGCAAACCUUGCGCUAUUAGCCGCCUACUACGGUGGCCCAGUGGUCCUUAUUGACAGAUACCUACAAGCUGUCGUGAAGAGUAUGAAUAGAAACGGAGACUCCUCUGUCCCGCGCAACAUUGAAGAUGGCCUCAAUCUCGUAUGGGCAGGCAAUAUCUACCUGAUGCGAGGUCAACACGACUUAGCCUACCAUUACCACAAGAAGGGCCUGGGUGUCCUCAAAGAAACUUGUCUAAAGGACUCAGUGGAGGUGUCUUGGGCUCACUAUCGCCUCGCUGUCGACAGAUUCAACCGUGGAGAAUACAAAGAUGUGAUAUCCAUUCUCUCGAGCUCCACGCCUCGCUUCUGGAAGGAAAUUCCAUACCAAAGGGCCCAGAAGGCUCGAAUGCUAUGGAAGCUCGGAUGCGCAGAGCGGGCGGAUGGCGACUUGGACUUUGGCCGGCAGACAGGGGACGAAGCGCUGCAGCUGCGACGCGAGCUACUACCUGAUGAGAGGGACUUCUCCGAACCGGAUUCAACUGAUGAGGAUUGGGACAAACUCGUGUUUUACUUGUACCGAUGA